AUGGCGACUGUUAUUGCUGCUUGGAAACUAACUCUUUUUUGCGUUUUUCUCUUUCUACAAGGUAAGUAACUAGGUUUUACAGUUUCGAUACGAUUAAUGGUGAUUUUCUGUACUUAAAGAGCUACUUUUGGAGAAAAAUACUGAUGAUUUGCAUAGUAACUUGUUUGAGAAUAAUCUCCGUUGAAGAGCGUUUGCUUUGUUUAACUGGAAACAUGUAAACAUAGAAAAUAUCCUUUGUUGGAGACAUGUUCCUGGCAGAAUUUCCCACCACCGCUUUGCAAGAAAAGAAAAAUAAAAAAGAAAAGUAAACGGAAAUAAAAUAAGUUUUAGCUGAAGUCUUUGAGAUUGUCCAUAUUAAUUUAUUUGUUACUAUAAUAAAAGCUUUUGCAUGCCACACGUAACAGCUAAUGUUUGUAUGAUGCGGAAUUUGUUGAACCAGAAACCCAUAAGGGGUUCUAGUUGAACCUAAUGGUUAGUUUUUGUUACUGAUACUAAGGCUUGUUAAGUCUUGUUAAUAAAUUAAAUCAAUGCACGCGCGCAUUAUCAGCUGAGAAAAAAAACAAAAAAAACAAAUGUAGUUAUUUUUGCAGCAUUUGUUACUGGUUUAUCAUCACUGGUCAUUAAUUCAUCUUCUGUCAAAGUUGGAUAUUUAUGGGAGAAUCCAAGACUUGAAAAUGUCCACACUUCGGAAGUGGUUAUGGACAAGGAACACAGCGGAAGCAUUCUUCGAUUGAUUUGUGAUAUCACACCUCCUCUACCACAAGAUGGAGACCACCGGGAUAAAAGGGAUGAAAUUGUUAAAUGGUACAAGACUGCUCCUAAGGCUGAGCCUGUGAAAAGCUUACGUUAUUGGUCCAACGAUAUGUCAAAGACUGCUAUUUCAUUCUCAAAUAUCACCCUUGAUACCCUUGGGACGUAUUCAUGUAUUUAUGGUGAUGUAUCAGCUUCAAUUGAUGUGUUAGGUGAGGAAGUCACUGGCAGAGUAAGAGAAAAAUUUUACUAUCCACUCUUCCUUCCGACAAGCACUAUAUUAAAUUUGGUCGUCCAAAACCCAAGAGUCUUUGUCCAAAAAGUUUAGCUGGAAACUUGAAACUCAAAAACAAUCUUUCAUUUAAUAUUACCCUUGUAAAUUGUUUUUGACUUAGAGCUAAAACAGAGCUCGUAAGAACAAAUCAAAUAACCGUGGAAUGGCAGAGUUAAAAGGAAUAUUUAACCUUAUUUUGUCAACUGUGAGGUUUGCUUUUAUGACUUUUUAAGAUGAAUUACAAUUCUACUUUAAUUUGAACUGUUUCUUUAUUUUUUCUUAUUAAAAAUGUGCUUGUUCCACGGAGAAUUCACGUCAAAGGUUUACAUUUCCAAACUGAAUUUCUACCUGUGCCGGACAAUCAUGCAGACAUAGGUUUUAGCGCACCCUGUUUUAGGGUAAUGGGAAUACUGUUGUUAGAAAUGAUUUUUCAGUCACCUUGUACAGUAUAGUUUGCAUUAAUAGUGAUUUUCUACUAUUUAACCUUCAAAGUUAAACCUCAGUCUUGAUUAUUUCAAGAUUAGAAGAAAAACAUGAUUGUUAACUCUCUGAGAUGCUUAUAUGUUACCAAUCCUAAACUUCAAAACUCUUGUCUAAUAGCCAACCUAUUAUCUGAAAUUAAAAUUGUGAUGCUAACCUUAAAUGUUUUUAUUUACCUCUAGUGGAAAAUGUGGAAGCUGCAAAAGCUUUUAAAAUGCCAGAAAACUUGAAGGAUCUUAAAUCUUAUGUCUUGUACAUGAAGGAUAAAUCAGGGAUAAGUGGAUGGACAAAACAACAGCAACUCCUUCAGGUAAAAGUAUUUUCAGUGGAGUAUAAAAUCAUUUUAUCAUAAAAGAGGAGUAUCUUGAUAUACGUACAUGUACAGCAGUCUCUACCACAGCAGGAACAGCAGUGCAACUGAUAGUGUUGUAGAUAAAAUCUUUUCCCAGCUUAAACCAGAUUUUCCCUUGCCUUCUUUACUAUGGGUACAGUCAAAAGUAGAAAUUUUGAAAUAAACUUACUAUAGGUGGAAUACUGGUGAAAUCCUGGCAAGUAGUCAAAAUGUAUUUUACCCAAACCACAAGUACGGUGUACACAUGUAAACCACUACAUACAGGUACAUGUACAUCUUUGUUAAGGGGUGAGUGGAAGAAGGCCCUAUAUGAAUCCUGAUCCAGUGACAAAUUCUCUUUUUAAUUCAUGAGCAUAUACGUAUACAAGGCAAAUAUGAAAGGAGAAUCUAGCAAUGAUUAGUCACUGAGGGUUACAGCUGUACCGCUGUUUUUUGGCAAGCCCUUGAAUUUGUCUCUGGUGACUGAAUAAACCUGCCUUUAACAGUAACUUCCAUAGCACUAUUUUCCACUAGCAAUACAUUUAAGUACAUAACUGUACAGUAGUACAGGCCAGAAGCUCUGUUGUGGGUUCAUCAUCAUCAUCAUCAUCAUCAUCAUCAUCAUCAUCAUCAUCAUCAUCAUCACUCUUUGAGCCAAAAUGUGCUUAAGACCAUGUCAUUAAUUUACAGCACAUGUACACAGAGAUGUUGUCCCAGUGACUCUGAUAACCUUGUAAGUGAAACAUAUAUACCAGUGAUAUCAUGAUAAUUAUCACUCUGUUUUGUUCAUAAUAAAGCCCAUCGGAACAAUAGAAUACUGUAGCCCAUUGCCUAGGAGUUUCCAACAAAGGCCAAGCUCAGGUUGGUUAUACUUUAUUUUGUAUCCGUUAAUAUUUUGUCUUUUGUAUUAGUGAUAAACUAUAAAAUGAACAGUACAUGACAGUUUGGCCUUCUCUAAGAGUAACCACAGGGGCCUCAGGCACCCACAUGUGUAACUUUCGCCUGUCUUUUGCAUGAGACAUUUAAAUUACUUUGUCUAACUUAUUAUUAAUAUCUAUUUAAAAUUUUUUUUCAGUUCACCAAUUACAAGUAUCAGAUAUCAAAGUUAUUGCAGCAAUGGGUGAUGCAUUUACAGUAUGUAACAUGUUUAACUUACUGUUGUAUGUUUAUUUACCAAGGAAUAGCUAAAAAAAAUUAUCUUUUGUAAGUCAAGCUGCUUGUGUCAAGUACAUGUUGGUUUUAGAUGUUUGUACCACUGCCUUUUGCAUUCAAAAUAUUCAUUCUUGAUGAGAAUAUUGAUGAACUUAUUUAUGAUUAUUUUUUCCAAGAUUGGCCUUGGUGCACAAGCCUUGUCCCUUAAUGGAUUUUUUACUGAUUUUAAAGGAAUCUCAUGGAGGUAAGAAUUUAUCAUAUAUUACUAACUUGUUGUUGCUUUUGAUUUCUAAAAUUUAAGACUUAAUGAUGUGGAUGCUUUCACCCAAUGACUACGUAUUUUCUCAAAAACUUAAUUCAGCUUAGGGUUCAGUGAACCAUUGAGUGAAAAAUGCAAUUAUUUAUUUAUAGAUAGUGUUCAUCAUGAGCCAAUGUCUAGGUUACUUGAUAUUGCAAACAAGUCGUUAAUAGGGUUUUAACCAUUCUGUUAAAACAACACCACAGUCAAUUAUUAAUGUUAGCUUGUGUUUGAUUGGGUAUCACCACUUUAUGUGCUUUAAUCAACCAAAUUGCUGGAAGAUAUACUGUCCUCUUUUAAGGGAGACAGUUGACUAAAUUACAUGCUCACCAACUUUAAGUUGUGUGAUCAGUUUUUCCUUAUUUUUCAAUUUGAAGCAUUGGAGGGGAAGGAUAUUUGAACCAAUCCACAACUUUACCAAGUGAGUACCAUUAAGGCCAAUUUAGAUGGUAUUACAACUUACUGUUGUAUGCAACUAGCAUAUGUCAUGACUUUCAACCAUCCACACGUUCACAAUUUUCACUUACAGCAUCCACAAUGUGUCAUACGAAUGUUGUGGGUCUAAUUUACACAACACAAUCAGCUGUGAAGUCAUGAUGCAUGCUCGUUGCGCAUGAUAGACGUAAGCAACAAUUGUACUGUCUAAAACGGCCUUUCCUAUGAACACAUAUGUAUUUACCCAUGUUUUAUGAUUCAGUUUUGUCCGUGGUUUAAUUUCUUUUUCUUUUUUCUAGUACAGUUUGGAUUAAUUUACCUUAAAUCAAUGACACUUGUCCAUACUGGAUGGAUGUAGGAUGUUUUUGAACUUCUGUUUGUGUCUUUAACCUGUAAUAAAACUUACCUGACCAGAAGAGAGCAAUAUCAUCAAAAAAUUUAGAAGCAAUUUCUGAAUUAUCAAAACAAAAGCAUUUUUAUUUGAGACAGUUGAUUACUUAUAAAAUCAUUGGUUCUUUGUACUGGGACUCAUUGAUUCUGAACUACAUUGUUGGUUGGAGUUGGUUUUCAUUGGUUUUUUAUGAUAUGACCCUCAGCACUCAAUAUAGCAUAUGUUAUUUGUAACAAUUCACUGUACAAUGUAUGUACACAUACUGUACACAUUUUUUUGCAGGUCACUGACUGCCCCUGGGUCAACAAGAAUGAUUCAAAACAGAAAUUGUAUUGAAAUGCUAGCAGUAAUCUAAAUUAUUGUUCAUUCCAUACACUUACAGAUAUCAUCAGACAGUUUAACCCUUUACUGAAAGGUACAUCAGUAACAAGCCAGUCAAAGGACAACAACCCUUAUAAUGAUGAUCUGAAUGUGGCCUUUGUUGGAGCCUCAGCAAGGUCAGAAUAAAUAAAAAUAAACAUUUACACUUGCGUCAUGUAGAAUAAUGUAGUACUUAAUUUUAUUGCAACUUGUAUGUGUUGUUAAAAAGGCAAAAUUUGUCUUAUUCUUUGAUACUUUUAUUAGAGACCUGGAGAAUCAAGCAAAAGACUUUGUUUCAAGAUUGAAAAACAUGAAGGUACAUGUACAUGUAUUAUAUGCCAGAUUUAUGAGUGUCCUUAGGUUUGUUUAAGAGUGCAUUCAGUAAAAAAUGUAAUUAACGGUUUUUCUUUGUUUUGCUAAUUCUUAAUUAGAACAUUGAUUAUGAAAAUGACUGGAAACUUCUCACCAUGUGGAUUGGAACAGAGGAUCUCUGUCAAGUUUGCACAGACAUGGUAUGAUUGCUUUGAAUUAUGUGAUCAAAUUAAAUAUUAAUCUGUGUCUUGUUUUGGGGGCUCAUCAAUUUUAUGACUUCUAUGUUGAUUCAGUUAAAGCAGAAGCAUAUAACCCCUCUGGUUAAAGUGCUAGUCAUAUAAAUUCAAGGAAUCAUGAUUAAACACCUGUUUAUCAAAGGUGGUGGAAUGAUUGGUCUUGAAUUUCACAUAUUAUAUGCUUUUUUAAAUAAGGAGGCGGCACAGCCAAGUGGUUAGAGUGCCUUAGAGUGCUGGACUUGCAAUGAGGACUCCCUUGGUUCAAGCCUGUCAGCUGGGUUUGUUUUUGGCAGUCCCACAUUCAGCUCCUCAGCCAAGCUUGUAAAUUUCUAACUGGUUUGUUCUCAGCCAGUUGGGACUCUAACUUGUUAUGCUUGUUUUAAUAAUUUUUUUGUUUGUCCUUAAUUGUGGGCCACAUUUUAAAAACUAUGCAGUUACCAGAAAAUAAUUUGUGUUAUCAAUCAAAAGUCUAGACUACGAGUAGUCCCCAUUUUUCCUCAGGGAUAGUAGAGCGAGUGAAACGCGAGCGCGCGUGAAAAUCACCCCACGUGAAAAACAGGAAAAGCCUGCUGGUCUCUCCGUAUCUCGCCUUUCUCCUGUUUCUCGUGGGGUGAUUUCAAGCGUGCUCGUGUUUCACUCACUCUACUAUCCCUGAGGAAAAAUGGGGACUACUCGUAGUCUAUCAAAAGUCACAAAGUUUUAAUUUUUAUGUUUUCAGGAUAAACUUGGCCCAAGGUCUUUCAUAAAAUAUGUCAUGCGCACUCUUAAUUACCUGAAAGAGGAGGUUUGUUAAAAUAUUUAACUUUUAUUUUCUCUAAAGUCUUUCAUUUUCGUAGAAAAAAUAAAUCAUACUGGUUCGUUAUAAGUAAUUUCAGAGUCACACUACUCUUCAGAGUUGCAACAAUAGUUAACGUCACCACACACCUUAGAUUGACAACACUCGUUAGAGUCACGACACUCAAUUAGCUACCAGUAAUAGGAUCAAUGAGGCCUUUAUCAGUGUGAUGUAGGAGUAUACCCAGUUGCUUUGUUUGACUGAACAGGUACCCCAUCUGUUUGUCAACUUGGUCCCGCCCAUGGAUGUGUCUGUACUUUAUGAAUUGCAUGGUGGAUCUACCAAGUCCUGUGAAAUCAUGGGCUGGUGAGUGAAAUACAGAAUGUUUAGUAACACUGCUUUGGCGUGGUGUGAUAGUAUGACCAUUUCAGCUGCCAAAGUUGCAUAAUUUUUACCCAUUAUCUUGUUGCCGGUUCCAUUAUCUGGGGUAAACGUUUUUGGCUCGUUUCAGUGAUUUGAACUACUUUGAUUUUAUAAACUAGUCGCUGACAUUGUAGCAAUUGUAAGAAAUUUCAACUAUCUUAGUGAAAAUUCAUCAGCAUGUGAUACAUCGGAUUUGAGGCUAGGUUACAGGUACCCAGUGUUUCCAAGAGUUGUGCAAUCAGUCUGGUACACUCCUUAUGAACUGUGGUUUUCUGAAACUAUUAGUUGUUCAGUUAAUUAUUAAAAGUAGUAUUUUCUUUGAGUUAUAAUCCGUGGCAGUAGUCUAAACCUCCCCUUACCUUUUUUGUUAUAAAGUAAUACUCCAUGUUAUUGUUGUUGUGUUCUUUUUCUUUCAGGAAUUCAUGCCAGUGCUUGAAGAAAGGUGGCGAGGAAAGAGCCAAAAUUUCCCAAGCAGUGAAAAAUUACAAGGUAACUUGUCUUGUAGCUCUAAUAAGGAUGGGACAUCUGAUACAGAAUAAAACUUUUAAAAAACCUUGAGAUCUCGUUUUUAAUAGUGGGUUAACAUCGUUUAGAAUUUGUGAUGUUCUUGUAGGAGGUGUCUUUGUGAUUGAACGUUUAUUUUUUUACCGUUUUUAGCGCCUUUUGAUGGAACUAGUAAGCAGUGGUCUUUAUGACACACAGAACGACUUUGCGGUUGUUAUUCAACCUGCUCUUCAACUGCCUCCGAAAACUAAGGUACGAGAAGCUGCUCUUUUGCUAUUUAAUUAGUUUUCCGUUAUCUGAGUGUUCAUAGAUAACGUGUCGUUGUCCAUAGAUAACGUGUCGUUGUCAGACUGAAAGUAACUUAUUCCGUUUGCCCAGAUGUCGCUCAUGUAGUUUAUUGAUAUUUCUGGUAGUAAGCGGAGCUUUUUGAGCAUAAUCUUGAAAAAAGGGACGAGGGCUGCCGUGUUGGCUUUGUUUUUCCUAAAGAUCCUCGGCUUUUCACGGAUUAAGACGGAAUUUAUAGAGCAUUUUCACUCUCGUAGCCAGCGUCUAUGAAAAUAUCUUGGAAAAAAGAAAACUUUUACGUAAGAAAGGAGUUCAACACCCACCGGAUUUUCUUGGUACACCAACAUGGCCACUGUUUCGUUGUUUUGAAACACCAAUAUGGCCGCCGUGACGUCAUGUGAAAAACACUAAAUAGUUCAACUGUAUUGCACCAGCGCGGGACUUUAAAUACCUUUUCCUUAGCCCCCCACCCCCCAAUUAAAGCCUGCUUAAAGAAAGAAUUCAAAUCAUAGUCUUCUCUUUAAAAGGGCAUUUAUAUAGCUUCCCACCAACCAGGGCUCGUUAUCAUCUAUUGUAGGUAAAGAAGAAGUAUUAAAUCAUUACCGUUGCCUAUUCUUCUUGUAGGGUGGAAAAUUAGUUGAGGAAUUUUUCGGCUUGGACUGUCUGCACUUUUCAGCACAGGGCCAUGCAGCAGCAGCUCUAGCCUUGUGGAGAAACAUGGUAUGGUAUUAUCUUAAAACAACGCCUAUGUUUUCCUGUCCAUCCAUUUCUGGUCCUUUGUUUUCUUUUAUUAGGCGGCCUCGCAUCCAUAGCCUAGGUCGUUGUCAUAAAAAAAGGGUCAGGGGAGGGAGAGGGGAGAAAAACGCUCGUCUCUCCCCAAUCCCCCUCUCUUUUCCCUUUCCUCCCCGAUCCGCUUCGACGUCUGCCAUGUACGCUUCACUGAAAUUUUGGCGUCAUUCAUGAUGCUAUAGCUUCCCAUUAACAAGGGAGUAGCUAUUCUGUAAUAUGCAUCUAACAUAAGAAUAAGCUUCAGCUUCAGCCGGGGAGGUCUCUAUAUCAGUGAUUCUCAUGACCUGACUGAUUGAUUAAACAUUUAUAUUUAAAUGAGCAGCACUCGAACGACCUGAAACUUGUAAAAGCGAUUUAAUCUCCUACGCGUUUCGUCCGCAUGUUGAGGAUCGUCGGGAAGUUCUACAAGUAAUAUUAUUUUAAAAUUUGAUGUCUUAAAAGCGUUAAGUGUGCAAUUGGGUUUUACUUAUAGGAUGUGGGGUCAAGCUUCCUACUGAAGCAUGUUCAUAAAAGUCAUGUAACAUGUUCAUUUAUCCAUUGUUUGUAGUUGGAGCCAUUUGGUUCUAAAACAAAAGGCUGGGGAGAUCAAGAAAAUCUCAAGUGUCCCACAAAGGUUUGUUUCAAACUGUACCAGGGAGAUUUUUCAGUUAACUUAAUUCAUGUCCAAAACAAAUGGUCUUGUCUCAAUGUAGUUUAAUCAGUUAAAAGUCAACGUAACUGUUGUCAUUCUGAUGAUUUGUCCAAAUGUAGCCGUUUACAGCUCCACUAGAGCAGGCAAACGCCUUUUUAUAAAGCUGGCACUUCCACUGUUUAUGUUAAGUAAAAAGUACUUACAUCUCUGUAAUGCGGACACCUGGCUCUGUCCAUGGCACAGGGCUGACUAUUACUUUGUAACUUUAUGUUUUCAGGAAAGCCCAUACUUAUUCACCAAAACCAACAGUAACACUGUUAUGAGCGAACUGAUCAGUGACGAUGAUCAGGACUCCGCCACAGAUGACUUCCCCCCUGCGGCAGCUGUAGCGUUAGCUGUGUGUUUAACAGCUGUUGUGGUGAUUGUUGUUGUUUUUGUUUGGAGAACCCGGAAGUCAAGACGAAGACCAGAAGCAAGAAAACUUCUCUAUGCUCCCGGACCACACAAACCAAGGAUUUAA